CACCAUCCACCGUGAUGCCCCUAUUUUGGGAUGGACCGUCCAUGCUUCUACUCUUUCCAGUCUCACCAUCCACCGACCCGGCUCGCCAUCUCGUCAUGAUUGACGAGGCAGCACAGAGGUUGGAGGCAGCGCGGCAGGAGGCACUGGCUGCGGUGAAGGUCGAUGGCUUGGAGCUGCGGAAGAUGGGCGACUUCCGGGCCGAGAAGGAGGUGGUCUUGGCUGCCGUGCAGCACACGGGCAUGGCGCUGUAUUAUGCUUCCCCGGCCUUAAGGGACGACCUCGAGGCACGUACGAGGGGACGAGGGCGCAACGUCGCAUCGAUGUGGCACACGGCACAACACUCCGAGUGUCAAGUGAGCACCUCCGGCCGGACCUCAACCACUCCGACGACACAGAACCGACCCAGAGGGCAAAACAAGCCCUGGACCAGAUCCGUGGCCGAAGCACAACACUCUACACGGAUCUCACAAAGACAAACAAGCGCAAACGCGCUGAAGUCACCGAAGAUGGUCUGAACACUGAUCGCAUGUGGGUCUUGGAGAUGAUAUCAGGUGGUUGUUUGUCGUUGUAGUUGUCGUUGUCGUUGUCCUUGUCCUUGUUCUUGUUCUUGUUGUUCUUGUUCUUGUUCUUGUUCUUUUUUUGAUGAAAUGAGCCUACAAAACCCCCGUGAUAAGCUUUGCACCACAGAAUCGCACAUGGUCGAGAAAAAUCAGAGGCAGAUCCUCCAACUCGGCCACCAAAUUCGACCCCUCCCCCUUAGCAGGGCGCGGCCAAGCCAAGCUAGCCACGCUAGCCGCUUCGGAUUCUGUUUCUUCGCGUGUACCGACGCGACGCUCAGGUGGUGAUGGCUGCUGUGGAGCAGCACUGGAUGGCUUUACAGUAUGCCUCGGAGGAGCUCCGCGACGACUUCGAUGUGGGUCUUCGCGCGGUGAAAGCCAAUGGCUUAGCCCUCCGGGAGACCGGACCACAGUGCAAAGACAAUGCCAACCUCGUGAUGGAGGCGGUGAGCAACGAUGGCCGGGCGCUGCAAUAUGCCUCGGAGAAUCUGAGACGAGACAACUUCGUGGUCAUGGAAGCCCUGAAGCAUGAUCCAGAAGCCUUGGAAUUCGCAGACGAGGAGUUGAAAGACUCAUUGGAGGUCAUCAUGCCUGCGCUGCGACGGGAUGGUGCCGUGCUGCGCUUCCUGCCGGACGCGAUGCGCGACAAUGGGGACGUGGCCUUGGACGCGGUGCAAACCUGCGGAUUGGCGGUGGCCUAUGCCAGCCUCCGCGUGCGCGGAGACAAGGAGGUGAUCCUGGCAGCGGUCCGUGCAGAUGGUUUCGCCUUGGCCUAUGCGACGCAAGAGUUGCAAGGCGACGAGGACGUGGUGGACGCCGCGUGUGGCGAAAACCCCUUGGCGCUGCAGUACGCUUCUGAUCGCUGGCGCUGCGAGAAGGACUUUGUGAAGGGUGUUGUGGGCAACGACGGCUUGGCCUUGGAGUUUGUUUCCGGUGGCCUUUCCAACGACAAGGAGGUCUGCAUGGAAGCGGUCUCGAACACCGGCGCGGCGCUCAUCCACUGCUCGGCGCAGCUGCGCGACGAUGACGACAUCGUGCGCACCGCGGUGAACAAUGACGGCUUGCAGUUCUUGCACGUCUCUCCACGGCUUCGGCAUGAUCGAGACUUGCUCCUCUUGGCGGUGAAGAGGUCGCCCAGAGCACUGGCUCAUGCUCUGGUGGAUCAGAUUCAUGAUCAGGAGGUGGUGCGUACCGCUGUAGCGGGUGAUGGCAUGGUGCUGGUUUGGGCGCCUGAAGAGCUGCGAGACGACGAGGAGGUGGUCUACGCAGCUGUCGCCCAGAAUGGCCUCGCACUGGAAUAUGCCAGUGGCAGGUUGAGAUCCAAGUGCGAGAUCGUCCUCGCUGCCUUGGGUCAAAACCCAGAGGCCUUCGUCUACGUGAUGCCCGGCACGCGCGACGACGUGCGCUUGAUGGCCUUGGGCCAGGCACGACGGCCAAAGCUGCAAGAGAUGCUGGAGGAACGGGAACUGCCAACGGCGCUACGGAUGGCUUCGGCCAGGCUGCGUAUGUUCGUGGAGCCGCUGCUGCAGGAGCUGAAGAUAUCCUGGCACGACGCCCGAUGCGUCUUCCAUCAGUUCAGCACGCUGGAGGAGCUACAGCCCGCCAUCGAUGAGCCCAAAGCAUUCUUAGAGAAGCUGAGACGGAGGGAAGAUGAGAUCGGUCACGCCUGGGCCAUUGCCUCUGCACGCUUCAGCCUCGAACCCUUGGCCAUGCAGCAGAAGCUCGGCAAUUGGGAGGAGCUGGUGCCAGUGAUGCUGAGCUGUACCAGGAAGGAGUUGCAGCUGGCGGAGGGCAACGGGAAGCGAUUCCUGGAUAUCCUCAAAAAGAAGAUACGUGUUGCCAAAGGCCAAAGUGCCUGGAGCGUCUUGGAUGGUGAGAUCACCUUGACGCCAGCGGAGCUAAAGGCUCAAUUGAAGGUCAUGAGCGAUUUGGAGUUCUUAGGCUUGCGACCUGCAGAAGGCGUGAAGAACAUGGGGGUGGCACCCGAAAUGUCCAGCCCUUCUGAGCCCCUGGAGACGCGGCAGGAUCAGACACAGGAGAGAGACGAAGUCGGUGCCAAAGGAGUGGAACAAGAGACCGUCUCGCGAACCCAACAGAUGGAGGUGAAUGAGUUGAGCACCUUGCAGCUGGGGCCAUUUGAGGCGAAGCAGUGGGCUGAAGCCGCGCUGCGAAGCAGCGGGCGAAGCGGCGCCGAUGGGAGUUGGGGUGAGGUUGAGGGCUUGGUCCGGAGCGCCCGGGCAUCUCCUGCAACCGGGGCCGCCGGGGUGGGCGAGCAAGGCCGAUUCGACCUGGGCGGGGUGAAGCAGUCCAAUUACAACAAGCUCUUCGGGGAUCCGGCACCGCUUCGGCCCAAGAGGAUUCCAGACGCGCUGCACCAGGACGUGGGAGCAUGGUGGUUUCGAAAGCUCCAGAGAAAGUCCAUCACUCCCGUCACGGCCGCCCAGCGGCCCACGGCCCUCCGUGAGCGCUUCUGUCUAAAGGACCCAUCCAAGACCCAGACCGCAAUGUUCGUGGAGUAUCGCCUCAGCAACCUGCGCUCGUGCGAUGUGGCCAACACACGCUACGUGGGGCGCACCCAGUGGGAGGAGAGCCGAUUGGCCUUAGCGCCGGUCAUCGCUGCUAAGGCCAAGCUCGGGACGAUUCCUUCGGAUGGAGGAUGA